AUGUUUGCAUCCCGGUUUACAGCUUAUUUCAGACGGAAAUGCGUGGCUAUAACUGAUGAACGCGUCCAGAAAAUGAAUGAAGUGCUCAACUACGUUAAAUUCAUCAAAAUGUAUGCUUGGGUGAAAGCUUUCUCUCAGACCGUUCAAAGCAGUAUCUUUGACAGGCCUGUCGUGCUGUUUCAGAUGACUUUAUUGGAAGGCAGCAUUUCCGUGGACGGGACCUUUGCUUAUGUGGCCCAGCAGGCCUGGAUUCUCAACGCCACGCUGAGAGACAACAUCCUUUUCGGAAAGGAGUUUGAAGAAGAAAGGUACAAUAUGGUGUUGAGUGAUUGCUGUCUCCGACCUGAUCUGGCUAUCCUGCCAAACGGGGAUCUGACUGAGAUUGGUGAGCGGGGCGCGAACUUGAGUGGGGGGCAGCGCCAACGGAUCAGCCUUGCCCGUGCGCUGUACAGCGACAAGAGCAUUUUCAUCCUCGAUGACCCGUUGAGUGCCUUGGAUGCCCACGUUGGAAACCACAUCUUCAACAGUGCAAUCCGGAAGCACCUGAAGACCAAAACAGUUGUGUUCAUCACACACCAGCUCCAGUAUCUUGUGGAUUGCGAUGAAGUGAUUUUCAUGAAGGAAGGCUGCAUCACUGAGAGAGGAAGCCAUGAAGACUUGAUGAAUCUGAAUGGCGACUAUGCAGCCAUUUUCAAUAGCUUGCAGCUGGGAGAAACACCACACAUUGAGGUUAACUUAAAGAAGACCGCAAACAGUUCGUUGAAAAGACUCCCGGAGAAAGGCGCCAAAACGGGAUCCGUGAAGAAAGAAAAAGUAGUCAAGAAGGAAGAAGGUACAGGUUGUUAUCCAAAAACGCAAAUUUCACUUCUACCCACCUUGUUGUGCGUGCAGACUCUUUCCCUGGAGGCCCCGGCUCGCAUCAAGAAUAAGGCCCCCCUUCCAGACUGGCCCCACGAAGGAGAAAUCCGCUUUGAAAAUGCCGAAAUGCGUUAUCGUGAGAACCUGCCGCUUGUCCUCAAAAAAGUCUGCUUCACCAUUAAACCCAAGGAGAAGAUCGGAAUUGUGGGGAGGACCGGCUCAGGAAAAUCCUCCUUAGGGAUGGCUCUCUUUCGCCUGGUGGAGCUCUCGGGGGGCUGCAUUAAAAUUGACGGAGUGAAAAUCAGCGACAUUGGCUUGGCAGAUCUUCGGAGCAAGCUUUCCAUAAUCCCCCAGGAGCCCGUCCUCUUCAGUGGCACUGUGAGAUCCAAUUUGGACCCUUUCACACAGUACAGCGAGGAGCAGAUCUGGGAGACUUUGGAAAGGACUCACAUGAAAGACUGCAUUUCUCAGCUGCCCAUGAAACUUGAAUCCGAAGUGAUGGAAAAUGGGGAAAAUUUCUCCGUUGGGGAGAGGCAGUUGCUUUGCAUCGCCAGAGCCUUGCUGCGUCGUUGCAAGAUCUUAAUCCUGGAUGAAGCGACAGCCGCUAUGGACACCGAGACUGAUUUACUGAUCCAAGAGACGAUCAGAGAAGCCUUUGCAGACUGCACCAUGCUGACAAUCGCUCAUCGUCUGCAUACAGUUCUGGGCUCUGACCGGAUUAUGGUACUGGUGCAAGGACAGGUGACGGAAUUUGACACGCCGUCGGCGCUUCUGUCCAAUGAAAAUUCCCGCUUCUCUGCCAUGUUUGCCGCUGUGGAAAACAAGGUUGCCGUCAAGGGCUAAAAAAAAUUCAGGGCAAAGUCACUUUAAUAAGACGGAGCGUUAAUCCUCCUCUGCCCGUGGCAGGGACGUUCCUCCCCUCCAUUUUUUUCCCCAUGUCUUUCCGAGCAGGUUGUCUUUUCACCCUUUUAAUUUUUUAAUUUUUUUUUUUGGAUCGUGGGUCAGGAUCGAGUUCUGUCUCUCUUUUUUUUUUAAAAAAAAAA